AUGAACGGCUCGGGGAUGCACGGCGGCGGGGGCGGAGCCGGAGGGGGCUACGUCCCGUCUCAGGGAUGGGAGUUUGUGCCGUGCUCCGGGAUGGAUAGGGGCAGGGGGAAGAGUCGCAACCCGUUGAGGAGGAUCUCCUCUCCGCCCACCGUCUUCAGUCACAUCUACGAGUCUCAGUUCGGCGCUUCGCCGGGCGGAGGAGAAGGUGGAGAAGGUGGUGGAGCGGGGACACAGCUUGAUAACCUCAGGGGACAAAUGUGGCCGGGUGCCGAAGCCCAGCAGCAGCAGCAGCAGCAGCAAACUCAACACACGAGGCUCAAAAAGAAAGUUGAGGAUUUGAAAAAGCGACACGUUCAGGAUAAGGAAGAAUGGAUGCGCGAGAAGGAGUCAUUGUUGAGAGAAGUAGCUGACAUACAAGGAGGGGAGAACAGGAGGAUUCUGCUGGAGCUGAAGACCGUUUUGGAGGAAGUGCAGGUGGAGGUGAAGAGGGAGGAAGAGAAGAGGAGCGAGCUCCAGCUGCAGUACACCAGAGACCGAUGUGCCUGGGAGCUGGAGAAGGCCGAGCUCAAAUGCAGGAUUGCGCAGGUAACUGCGAUGGCAACGGGACCCGUGGCGCCGCAGGGUGCUCCGAGGCAGCACGGCGAGACGGCGACGCUCCGCCGGGAGAGGGAAGAGCAGCGGCGGCUGCUGGCGGACACGCAUUCGACCGCCAUGGACCUGCGCUGUCGCCUGGACCACAACGAGAGGGACUGGCUUAGAGAGAAAGCAGAGCUGCUGGAGAUGUUCGACGUGGAGAGGAGGGUGUGGGAGUGCCAGCUGAAGGAUAUGCAGAGCAAAAUAGAAGAGCUGUACUGUGACGUGAGAGUCAAGCGAGAAGUGAAGGGCGGUGGAAGGCGGGGCGACAACGAUGACGUGCACGCGCUCAGCAUUCGCUCAACCAGCACCGGCUCCAGUCUGCUCAGUGACAACGAGCCGCUCAGCAGCAGCAGCAGCGGCGGCAGCCAGUCGGAACCAACCAGACAUCCACCUCUACCUGGUUUGGGUCACAACAGAGACAUCGGUGGCAGAGAGGCUCACCACUCCAGCUGCUUCCAAGCAGGCAGCCUCUGUGGAUAUGAUAAUGGUGGUCGGUUCACUCAGAGCGACCAUUUAAAACAUGGGCCGGUGGAUGAGUUGAGUCCAAGAGGCACUUGGCGGCUAGACUCUGAUGGCGAGGAAGCUGCGGAUACAAUAGAGCUGGAUGCUACGUUUGAUGGAGCGCCACAGGAGAACGUCUCAAACACUCAUGGAACCAAUAUCCAUGUUCCUCCAGAAGAAAGGCCUCUUUGGGCAGAGCUGAGUUACGGCAGCGACAAGAAGAAGAACACCACUGCUCUCAAUGCGGCUCUGAAGGAGAUCGCCCGUGUAAGUGAGGAGCUUUGCAGCUACCAGGAUGAGAUCAGAAAGAAGAGUGGGGAUAAGAGGAAUCGAUCUGGUUCCGCGUGCCUACCUGAGGGGAGCGAGAUGUUGUUUGGCCGUGAUAAAACCCGGCUGGAGGUCGAUGACGCUCCCUGCGACCUCAGCCAGAUUUAUGACGACCUUCGGGCCUUGGAGAGGGAAACCUGGAUCACCUUGUCACCGAAGAACACCUGGAGUGCAGACAGAGGGCCGAGCAAAUCCUGGAUGGCGGACUUUGCUGAUCCAGAAUGCCACAGAGAAACCAAGACGAGCCCUGGAUUACUCUCAGAGAUGGAUACAGCAGGUCCUCCCAUCCCUCCCCGCUCCUCCUCCUGGGGUCUGAGCUCCCCCACUUUUCCAGACACAGAACUUUACAUCCCAGAAUCCCCCAUGAUGACGGAGAGGAAGUGCCAUAGCCCCUGUGGCCUAGCGGACAAAAAAUGUAGCAGCCCAUCUAUUGUCAGGAAGUUUGAGGCUAUGCUCCAAGAGAACGAAGGAAAGGUUUUGAUAGACGGCGUCGUGGCAUCGUGCUCUGUACCGGCUAACUCUGAAUGUGUGAAUAAGGGCUGCUGCCACAACCGCUGGUCCUGUGACACGAGCAAGUUCACAAGCAGCAAGCUGUCGACGUACGGGACGGUCCAGAAGAGCUUCUCCGAAGUCAACAUACAGACCGCUGCCAAAGUCUCGCGCUCCGAUUCCUGCCCCGGUGUCGGGAGCCUAAAAAGCCCCGAGCUACAAAUACCUCAGAUUGCAAAAGAAUUACCUUUAAAUUUGCUCUUGUCCUCUUUGGAAACGCCACCCGCUGGCCCCGACCUCCAGGGCUCCAGAAGAAACGUGAUGCUGGAACAGAAAACUGCCGAGUUCAACAGAACUUUGUUUCAGGCCGAGAUGGGCCGCGGCGUAGAGAAACAAAACAGGCCCGCGGUAACGGAUGACGCAUCGCCUCCCAGGGAGAAAUCGCUCCCGCCGCUCUGGACUGAUGUCACCACCAGCGUCACGGGUGUGUAUCCUGAAAUCACAUUGUCUCUUUCUGCCGAGGUCCAAUUAAGGAGAACGAGAUAUGGUGCCGAAGGUCAAGAGGUUAGAACGAAGCAAGGGAUCCCUUCCGAGCUUUCGUCCGUCCGGCCACAGAUGGGCCUCGGGGAGACGACGGCAAUGUCCUCCCAGAGUCCUGCACGCCGUUGCGAGGUCACGCACGACGCUCAAACGGCAAGCGGUCCUUCCAGGAAAGCGGAACACAGAGCGGCCGCCGAGGCUCCGAUUUCUGAGCCGGGUCAGAGUGUGGAUGUUUCCAUCUUCGAGGACGAGAAUCCCCGCGGAGCGAAGCCUCAGUCGGCCAGAGCGGCCGUCUCACUCCAGCAGCCGUCGGCUGAGAACAAGCAAAGACAGAUGACGCAGCCCCGGCAUGCGUCGGCUCUUCCUUCCCAGUCGGACUCCUCCAGACCCGGGCCUCGAAUGAUGAUGAUGAACGACCAUCCCUGGAAGGCCCUCACUCUGGCUGCGUACCCGCGGCCCGAGGGAUCGAGAUCCAACUACGGGGCAGUGGAGAGGAUCCUGAAGAAUUACGAGAGUGCGGCGCGGGCUCACCAGAGCCAGAGCCGACCCGACGAGACGGACUCUAGUCCUACGGCGGAGAACGAGACAGAACUGGACACGCCGGACGUUGAGCCUCUGGCCUUACCUCCCACUCUGAGACAUGCACAGACUUCAAACUCUUCGGAGAAGCACACCGCACAGCUCAGCAGCCACAGCGCCGCGUCUGUGAAAGAGUUGCAUCUACUAGUGGAGGAGAACGACGUGACCUCCGUCUCCCGCUCGGCUCGGAAGAACUUCUCCAGGCCGGCCCGUCCCGCCAACCGGCGCCUCCCCUCCCGGUGGGCCGGCCGCUCCCCCACCACCUCCUCCUCCCCCGUCGCGCCUCCACCCUUCGCCCUCCAUAAACACCGCUCCUCUUUUUCCUACUCGCACGUCUUUCACAUGGAGACGGUCAUUAUUUGA